AUGACGGUCUGGAGCUUUCUCCACUCGCAGACCAGCCACGAUGGCCGAUCCACCUCCUCCACCGACUACGAGAAACAUCCCGAGAUCGAAAUCUCCGUGCAAGAGGAUCGUGCGCCAGAGCAAUCCGCCGGCGUCGUCAAGAUCGAGGCCGUCGAGGCCGUCGGAGGGCGCAAAGGACGCUACUUUCUAUAUGCCGGACUGGCCAUGAUCAUGAUCAUCUACGAACUGGAUAACUCCACCGUGGGCACGUAUCGCAACUUUGCUACCUCCGACUUUGACCAGCUCCCCAUGCUGGCCACCCUCAAUACCGCCGCCAGCAUCAUCACUGCCGUCUGCAAACCGCCCAUUGCCAAAAUCUCCGACGUCCUGGGCCGCGGCGAGGCCUACCUGCUCACCCUCAUCCUCUACAUCCUCUCCUACAUCCUCUGCGCCUCGUCGCGCAGCUUCAGCACCUACGCCGGCGGCUACGUCCUCUACGCCGUCGGCACCGCCGGCACCGCCAUCCUCAACUCCACCGUCGUCUCCGACCUCUCCUCCAUGCGCUGGCGCGGCUUCGUCUACAACAUCCUCUACCUCCCCUUCCUGAUCACCCCGUGGAUCUCCGCCUUCAUCGUCCAGAGCGUCGUCCACGGCAUCGGCUGGCGCUGGGGCAUCGGCAUGUUCGCCAUCCUCAUGCCCGUCGGCGCCGCCCCCAUCAUCACCACCCUGCUCGUCUUCCAGCGCCGCGCCCGCGCCGCCGGCCUCAUCCUCACCGAGCGCCUCAGCCCCCGCGCCUUCGCCUCCCGCAUCGACCUCGGCGGCAUCGCCCUGCUCUGCGCCGGCUUCGCCCUCCUCCUCAUCCCCAUCACCGUCGCCGCCAUCACCCCCGCCCGCUGGCGCACCCCCUGGGUCGACCUGCUCAUCGCCCUCGGCGCCGCCACCCUGCUCGCCCUCUACCCCUACGAGAAAUACGCCGCCCGCCACCCCGUCCUCCCCGUCCGCUACUUCCGCACCCUCUCCGUCGUCGUCGCCGUCGCCCUCGCCGCCAUCGACAACAUCGGCUUCGGCGCCACCCACACCUACCUCUACGUCUGGUCCAUCGUCGCCCACGACUUCUCCCCCCGCGACGCCCAGUUCCUCAACUACGCCAACGGCGUCAUGCAGGCCCUCGUCGGCAUGGCUACCGGCCUGCUGAUGUACCGCACGCGCCGGUACAAGUGGAUCGGCGUGGCGGGGGCGGUUAUCCGGCUGGUCGGGUAUGGGGUGAUGGUGCGUCUGCGCACGAACGAGAGCUCCGUCGCCGAGCUGUUCAUCGUCCAGCUGGUGCAGGGCGUCGGCAGCGGGGUUAUCGAGACGAUUGUCAUUGUUGCGGCGCAGAUCGCUGUCAGCCAUGCCGAGCUGGCGCAGGUUACGUCGCUGAUAAUGUUGGGGUCGUUUUUGGGGAAUGGUAUUGGGUCUGCGAUUGCGGGGGGGAUCUAUACGGGGGAGCUGCGGGGACGGCUGCGGUUGCAUAUGGGCGCGCAUACGGAUCAGGCGUUGGUCGAGCGGUUGUUUAAUUCGAUUACGGAUACGCUGCCGGCGUGGGGGACGCCGGAGCGCACGGCGGUUAGCCAGGCUUAUUCGGAUGUGAUGGGGUAUAUUACUAUCGCUGCGCUGGCAUUCUCUGUGCCGGUGGUCCUGCUUGCGCUCAUCCUGCCUGACAAGCGUCUUGGGAUCCAGCGGACACACAUCCUGCACCCAGACAUUGCGCACGCCGUCCUCAUGCACAAACGCCGUCUCGACGGGCGUCACCAUCUCAUCAAACCGCGACGCAAUCACCGUAACCUCGUUCCCCUCCUGCGCAAUCGGCUCCCCAUCAUUCAACCGCGCAAUCGCCUCCCCACCAAUCCCCAGCUCAUCGCACGCCGCACACCCCACCGUAUCCAGCACCGUGCCGACCAGCUCGCGCGACGUAUUCCCCAGCAGAUACGCCAGCUUGUACAGCCCGCCAAACGUGGUCCCGUGCGUCGGCGGCGCCACGGCCACGAUCUUGUCCACGAGCGCCGCCACGCCGUCCUCGAACUUCGGCGUGUACAGCGCCUGGAAUGCGCCCUCCGAGUGGCCGACCAGGUCGACCUUGCUCGCGCCGGUCUUGGCGGCGACUUUGCGGAUGUAGGCGGCGACUUGCGCGGAGGAUUCGGCGAUCGGUUUGAGGCCGCCGACCAGUGGGAAGGCUGGGUAUUCGCCGACGUUGAGGUCUUCGUACCAGGUUGCGCCGAGGCCGUGGUGCAGGAUUACCGGGUUGGGGUGCUUGGUGCUGCGGCAGGAGAAGUCGUUGAUGCUGGUGGAGAGGGCCCCCGUGAGGAGCAGGGUGCUCGUGAGGAGGGAGAGGUGCAUUUUGGCGGAGGGCCCUGA